UUCCGCAGUGUCAGUGAAGGCAUCGCCGGUGAAACGACAGAGACGAGAGACACAUACACACGGAGAGUGGAGUGAGAGAGGAACCUGUACUCUUCCACAACAUAAGAGACUGGAAUCCACAACAGAUAAUAAUCGUUGUACUCGAUUUCUGCAAAGUUGGCCGUCAAUGGCUUCAAGGGAAGACACAUAAUUCUGUUAUCCAUGUUUGCCUCGGCUGGAUAUGGACUCGAUCUUGACAUUUGCUUUUUGGAGUGGCGCACCGGUCUUUUUGUGUGUGCGUGUGUUGGAGCUUCAACGGUGUUUCAACUGUCCGCAUCUUCUUCGUUCUCUCUUUGCUGUUGCGUUCCACACCGGAUGAGAGAAUUCCAAAAAACAAAUAUUGUUUGGAGGCUGCUGUUUGCUACUCACCCCAGUUCCCAGUUGCCUUUCUGUCUGUAGCUUGGGGGCCUUGCAGUCAACUACACAGGAAAGAAGAGACCAAAGACAGGGAGCCUUUUAGUAGACCCCCCUCCUCUUCUCCACUGCAACACACAACCCCACAUCCACCAUCAGCACCACCACCUUUUCCACUGGCUCUUAAAUCUUUUCUAAAGAAUUCCCCAGCACACUUACACCCUCCCUUCAGCUAUCCCCUUGGCCUCAAAGCACUGUUCCCACAUUGUAUCCAGAUGUGAGGAUGAUCGCUGGGGAGAGAAAGCCCUAGGCAAGGCCCACUGGUGGAUUUUGUAGAUGACUGCUGAUAUGUGUAAAAUAUGAAGAUGGAGGACAGAUGCCAGUGAAAUGAAUGAAGAAAGGAAGUGUGGUUUAAUAAUCAUGAUAUCGAGACUUUUUGAAAUGAUACCUCAAGAGAUGAAGAAUUAAAGUCCCUCUUUAUUCAGAGAUAAUUAAACAUCAGAUACAACUUUUUUAGAUCUCUAUCUCAUAAUGUUUACACUGUAAGGCAUACACUGUUUUCUUUAUGUUAGGGUACUGGUAGAACAGAAUAAUUCAUAUUGACCAAAAUUACUGAGAGUGAUAGAUGAAGAUGGCUAGAUGGCAUUGUUUCCUGUAACCAGACAGUGUUAAAUGAGUUGCUGUGACAGCAGCUUCAUCUCUGAAUGACUGCAGGCAGAUAGCAUUUUAAUUAACUAACAAAGGCCAACUUGACAUCUCUAGAUGUGCAACGACAGAUAGCAGUAGAUUGAGCUUUUUUGCCUGAAAGAGGCCAGGUAAACAGGGUAGAUCAAAUCCCAUGACGAAUCCUAGUGUGGGGGUGAUGGAUACCCAGGUGAGAAAUCAGAGGGAAAGGUUGACUCCCAUCAAGGCCAAUUCUAAACAUGAUAUUGAGGGUGAGGAUGACAAAAUAUCAGGGUCUUACGACUGCAAUGUUUGCGGCCGCAGCUUCCCUUUCCUGAGCUCUUUGUCACAGCAUAUGAGACGCCAUACUGGUGCACGCCCUUAUAAAUGCCCCUACUGUGACCACAGGGCCUCUCAGAAGGGCAACCUCAAAGUUCACAUACGCAGCCACAAACUGGGCACGCUCUCUAGCCACCACUCCAAUGAGGACGAAGAAGGGGGCGCAGAGGAAGAAGAGAUGAGUGUUUCAGAGGGUCUUGAUGGAGGCACAAGUCCAACCAAGAGCAGCUCAGCUUGUAAUCGCAUGAUCAGUGGCGAUAAUGCAGACAAUAGUCGCAGGAAAGUGCCUGUAAGGAGCUUGAAAAGAGAGAAACCUAUAAGUGACCAGCAGCCUUACUGCUGCCGUCUUUGUGGCUAUGAGGCCCAGAGGGAAGACCAGCUCCUGAGCCACAUUGAGAAGGUCCACAUCACUGUGGACACAGGCGAGCAGACAUGUGUUAAGGAAGAAGUCGUGGCUGAACCAGUUGAAUCCCAGUGUGAUGGGACCUUUCCCUGUGAAACCUGUGGCCAGGUGUUCACACAAGCCUGGUUCCUAAAGUCACACAUGAAGAAACAUGCAGGAAUCCUGGACCAUUGCUGUCGCAUAUGUGGAAGACGCUUCCGUGAAGCUUGGUUCCUUAAAUCCCACAUGAAAACACACAACACCAGAUCACGCUCUCGUGCAAAAUCUGAUUCUACUGAGCAUCCUGCCACUAUCAAUGAUGUAGCACAGGAUCCUGAAAUUGUUGGCUAUUUUGCGUCUGUCUACCAAAUGUGCUCGAAAUGUGGGAACCUGUUUCAUUGCAAAGAGAGCCUGAGAGCUCAUGAUAAAGUCCACAGUCUUAGUUAUGGAAAGAAGUCUCAGAACCAAUCACAACUCAGUGAUGAUGAGGACUCACCAGCCACAAAGAAACGUUUGCUUGACUAUUUAGGCCUUCAGCCUGUUGGAACAAAAGUCAAGGAGAAUGAAAGUGAUAAGAUACAGGGUCAAAGAAUCACAGAGCUUGAUCCAGUUUGCAGCUACCAAGCAUGGCAUUUAGCUACAAAAGGAAAAGUUGUAGAACCAGUAGAGAACAACAAGCCUUCCAGUGAUGCAGGAAGUAUUGGAGAGGAAGAAGGUGCUACAGCCGCUGUAGUUUAUGAGAAAGAGAAUAGCAGUUUUGCCCUUCAAUCUCAAGAAAAACGCAGCACAGGUCGCCGCAACAGCUCUGGUUUGGGAAACCAAGCCUCAUCUGGAGACCAGACACCGGAAAGCCUCAGCGAUUCAGAGUACCGACCGUCAUCUCGCCAGGAACGGAGACGACCAUCCCAGUCGCAAGGUCCCUCUAAAUUCAUUGAGUGCUUUGAAUGUGGCAAGGUGUUCCGCAGUCGUCACCAGAUGAUUGUCCACCAGCGAGUGCAUAGAAAGGAUGGGGGCAGGACAUCAGUGGGCGACAAGGAAAAAAGCAGAAGUAAAGACCAGUGGAGCUCCACCAGUGACCCAGAAUCAGGCUCCCCAAACCGACCUUUUACCCCGGGGUAUGGAGAUUCUCCGCCAGCCUCCACUUUCAGAGACCAGGCAUCUGAGAUGGGCACUGCUAACUCAGGAGAGUUUCCAGAUGAGAAGCCUUAUAUCUGCAGCCUGUGUGACUUUGUUGCCACUGAGUCACAUACCUACCUGGCUCAUGUCCGUGUCCAGCAUCCGGCUGCCUCCGAAGACAGAACCAGUCCCAUUCUUAGAGUCACACCCAAUGGAUACCCCAAGUUGAAGAAAGAAAAUAUUCCAUCCCCUCCUUCUCAUCCUUCAAGUUGCUCUUCUCCCCUUGAGCCUGUUUUGACCCCUGUGGACUUAUGUGUGAGGGUUGAGGGUCACAGGGGCCAAGCCCCCAUCACCCUAGACAGGAAAAUCCUCCCAAACCACAAAUGUUCCUUCUGCUCCCAUUGUACCCUCUAUCCUGAGGUUCUGUGGAUGCACCAGACUGUGGCUCACCGCAUGACAAGUAGCAGCUCCAAUCUGGUGCCUAAAUGGGCUCUGAAAAAAAACACCAAGGGGCCGAGAGACUUGGCCUCCAGGAGACGUACUGGCCCCCCACCAGUCUUGGAGGGUAAGGACUGUCCUCCGCUGCCAAAACUUGCACGUGCCCAACGCACACGGCCCCCAACCCAGUCCAACGAAGUACUAAAGAAGAACAAAACAGGCUGUCGUGCAGGUACAACCUCAUCAUCGUCCUCUCACUCUUCAUCUUUAUUGUCGAGACCCUCCACUUCCACCUCAGGAUCUCAUGCUGCGAGAGUCUCUCAGAAUCAGCCCCCCCGCUCCAGACCCAAAGUUGAUAUUUCCUGGAGGAGCUCGCUGUCAUCCUCCACCUCUAAGGAGAAGAGUACCAGCACCCUCUCCCGUUCCCCAGCACAAAGCCUCAACUCUGCUACAGCUUCCAAAAGGGCAGAAUGUUACAUGAUGCCUCGGGAGGGACUUGGCUUCAUGCUUUCUAGCAAGUACAGUACCCAAGCAGAGUACAACCGCGCUAGAGGCUCCUCUCAUCAACCACUCACCAACUCCCAUGGCCAGCUACAGACUAAUGCUACGAGGCCUAAUAGCGUCAUCCACAGCUCCACAGCGGGGCACUACGGAGCGAUGCAAGCAUGUGGUGGCAUUCUGCAGACUUCUUCAUCGUCAUCCCUAACCUCAGAGGCUCUUGGGAAUGUGAAGCAGGAGCAAACAGCAGAAAUCCUAGAAAUGCCAAACAACAUCCUCAGCUUCCUCAAAAACUACAGCCCCCAUGAACUGUCUGCGCUGUACCACCACUGGGGUGCUACUAACUCACUUUUGGAUCCUAAUGGGAUGCUGAGGUCUCUCAUGCGACAGGGACAGCAUUUCUGCCACGAAUGUGGGAAGAGUUUCAGUCAGCCCAGCCACCUGCGCACUCAUAUGAGGUCCCAUACAGGAGAGAGGCCUUUCUGCUGCCAGCUCUGCCCAUACAGAGCCUCUCAGAAAGGGAACCUGAAGACACACGUCCAGAGUGUCCACCACAUACCUUUUGACAACGGCCAGUACCCAGAUUCAAGGAACUUGUUACUGAGCCCCGAGGAGCAAAGAGAGUUAAGACCACCGCCCACCUCACAAAAUCCGCAUUAAGGCCUCUCUUGGACAUCUGAACUUCAGUCCUGGCUAGUCAGGGACUCACAUCAACUGAAAACGCCAUCAUCACAUCUAAAAAUAGGAUGUGGCUCUGAUCAACUUUGGAUUUUAUGGGCGACAAUGUGAAACCUUUUCUUCGCCUCAGCCAUCAUCCUUUAAUGAGGGUUUUCUAUGUUGUUUGUAGUUUGAGGGAGAGGUUUUAUAAUGAAUAAAUACAAAAAUGGCUUGGCUGCUCUUUACAGUACUAAAAUAACACAAUGGGAAAAGAGUAAACUAUUAAGUCACAAACCUUUUUUGCUGUACUUCUUGGAAAUAAUGAUCAGAUGUGUGGAACGAUUCCUUCUCAGGUCCUAGACUUAGCUCACUGGUAUUUGAAAAAAAAUCUUUUUAAUGUAACUGCUGUGAUAUGCUACUGUAGUGGCCAACAUUCUUCUCUUUCUUUAUAAAUCCUUUUUUUUAAUUCUAGAUGUAUCCCUGAUGGCAGAAAUCUGUCUUUAUUUACUUACUGAUUUAAUGAAUUUGUUAUCACCGAUUAUCAAAUUGAAUGAUGUUCUCUUCAAAUCUUUGAGCAAAAACAAUAGGAAUCAAAAUAUUUGAGAGGUCGCAGCAGCAAAUCAGCUUUGAAAAAAAAAGUCUGAAGUGAUUAUUUGAUUAUCAAGUAUAGUAGCUGAUAAAUGUUAUCUGCAUUGUAUAACUGAUGAAUCGACUCAUCAUCACAGUCAUAAAGACUUUUUCUUCUGGGCUAAAAGCCAUUAAAAUGUCUUGUGCGUGUCAGCAUGUGCAAAUGUGGUAAAGUCACUUGGCUCUACUCUUUCGUGAAAUCUUAAGGGUGACCACUGUGAGGGGGGUGAUUAGUGAGAGUGUGUGUGUGUGUGUGUGUGAGAGAGAGAGAGAGACUGCACUAAUGCUCAUUAAAAAGACUUGCUUUUUAAUAGCCAUUAUAAAUGAGUGUACCAUUUUUAUGGCCAUACAAUUAUUGUCAAUUGAAGAGGAAGGGGCUGAGUGCCGGCAGUUUCCAUCUAUAUAACUCCUUUAAAUUACUGAGCCUUUCUCACAUUGACACUUUGACUUUGAUUUACAGUGCAAACCUGCAGUGAGAGCGGCCUGAAGACUCAGAUUGAAAUUACACCAAGUAAAGGCCAGCUGGGGCAUGUUUGGAGACAAAUAUGGUUCUGCUACUGCUAGCCAGUGUGAUUGCUCUGUGCUAAAUGGCUAUAGUAGUUUUUUUGUGGUCUUUUAAUUUGUCCAAAUUUGCUGCAAGCUUUUUACACCCACAGGCUGACGUUAAAAUCCCUCAAACGGGUCAAGGAUGCCAGCUCGGGCUCACACCAAUAGACAUUACAUUCUAACAUUCCUACUAGUAAAAAUAUGCUCUGUUUGACCUUUUAAUGACGUACAGUAUGCUCACUGCAACGUACGACCACUUCAAGGUGCCUGUAUCACAUGUACCGGGUUACAGUUAUCUUAAAUUUGGUCAACUGCUUUGUGUUUAUCACCAUUUGCACUGUAUAUUAGCACUGGAUGAAACAAUUGAUCACAGAUAAAGUUUUGGUUUAUUACUGAGAGAGACUAAAAUUAAAUUCUCACAAGGUUACUAUUGAAGGACUUGUCGACUGUUAGAUCGGAGGGUCGAACAGAAGUAUUACAAGGACGGCUGUGGUCGGUAGUGUGUGUUGUCCACAGACCGAGGGGUCGCCGGUUCGAAUCACGGCUCCGACUGUCUGCUGUCGAAGAGCCCUUGGAUAAGACAUUGAACCCUAAAUUGCCUCUGGGUCGGCAAUGUAAAUGAGAAACUGUUCUCAAUUGCCUUCCCUGGUAAAACAAAGGAAAUUCCAAGAUGGAACAGUCCCAACGGGGCUUUAGGAUCUUCCUCUAGGAUUCUUCCAACUUUUCUUAUUCUGUCAGCCAUGCUACCAAAUAGUGAUGUUGAACCCUAUUGAAUUGUAGAGCAGUCACAGUCUACACAGAUGGUGUUUGCAUGUUUUCCAGUCUAUUGAAAAGGACGGUUAACAUUCACGCUUUGUGGCCUCUAUCCUCUGUGUUGUUCCUACCUCCUCUACAAUGGCAUGUUGAUAUGAAGGAGGGGCUGGUCUUCACAUAGUUUUUUGUUGUUGUAGUAUCCUCUACUUUGGGCUUGUCUCCUCAGCAACCCCUAAAUUGAGUAAGCCACGCCUUGACUCAUUGGAUACAAGCAGAUCAUCACUUGUCAGGGAACUUAAGUGUUGGGUACAUUUUUGCACACAUAAACUAUUCAAACCAGUUAACAUACCGAGUAAGACCAUUAGUUUAUUUUGAAACCUCAGUAAUUGUUUACAAAAACAAACAAUGGAUGUAAAACCAGCUGGUUGUUGAGAUAUGCAUACUAUGUUGUGUACCUUAAUAUGUCUAAUGAUACACAAAAGAGUGCAUUGAAGGGUGUGGUUAGUGAAAAUACUUGAAAAUGGAUAUUUUAGCCUUGUAGUGUAGAAUAGUACUAAUAAUGCCCACAUUGUACAGAAUUCCCUUUAAGAUUAACUCCUCAGUUAGGAAUUUGUACUCCGAAGUGUGACUUAGCGAAAGUGUGAAGCUGGAGUGACUAAUAUAAACUGUUUGUCUGUAAUCCACUCUUACCAAACUCUUUAUAUACAGCGGUAGAACAAAACCAAAUGCCAUAAUUAGUGCACUUAGACUAGAUUACUGCUUUAACCUUUCAUUCUGUUCAAUUCUAGCCAAGGUUACUUUGAGAAUGUUACUAUAACAGUUACGGCUUAUACGCUUGUAAUUUUGGGUUUAGAAGCUUUUUGCAUAGAUUUUAGUGACAUGAUGUUUUUUUCUGUAAUGGCUGUGUGUCACACCUUUUUUGUUAUUUUUUUUCAUGGAAGGUUUGACAAGUCAAGGUUAUUUUUCAUGAAGAUGUAAGAGAUUGUUCAUAGUCUUUCUCUCCUAAAUUGUAGGACUUUUGUCAUUAGCUCGCCGUGUCUGGCCUCCCACAGUUUUUUUUUUCCUUCCUUUGGUUGGGGGUUUAUCACAUAUUUGUUUAGUUUUUUGUGUCUGUGAGCUUUUUAUUUGUAUUGAACCUCAUGAUUCAUGUACCUAACAAGACCUUAUUAUUCCAACUGUUUUGGUUGAAAUCUAUAUUUAUUAUCACUUCAAAAAGGACACGAGGACAGAGGCAAGACAGGUUUUGGUAAUUUUGAUUUCCUAGGUCAUUAGUUUGUUUGGGUGGUUGUUUUUUUGUUUUGUUUUGUCAUUUUCAAGCCAGCAAGCCGAUGUGAAAGCUCUACCUCGUCUGAGGCAUUCUCAGUUCUGUUACACUUUUGUAAAUUUCAAAAACAUGUAAUGUCAUCAUGUCCAAAAUAAAGACACACAAAAUGGUAACCUUU